AUGUUCUCCAUUUUGCUCUACGACCCCCACAAAGUCUUGGGAGUGUCUGAAGUUGAGAAGCAGAAGUUUCUAAAUGUAUCGGGGAUCAUUCUGCCUCCCCGGGUCAUUGUGGGUCAGAAGGGCAGGGUGACCAUCAGUGUGGAGGGGAGGAGGGUGGACAGGGUCCAGACCACCUGGUUUCUCAAUGACACCCCCAUUUCAGACACCUCACACACAGUCUCGGAGAAUGGUCCUCUGCUGCUCUCUGGUGGCGACAUGGGCUAUUACAAGCUGCACACCCAGGGCCCGCUGCACUCGACGGGGGACAGCAGCAAGCAGCGACUGCUGUCCUCGCUCUCCUUCAUCCCCCUGAUCUCCAUCCACAAGGGUGCGGUGUUCAAGUGCCAGGUGUCUUAUGUGGGGAAAGACCAGGUUGUGGUGGAGAGGGUGUCAGAAAAGUUCACCAUAUUAGCUCCCCCCAAGGUCUCAGAGAUUCAGCUCACAGAGGCAGGUGAUGACUCCAGUGUGGUCACCCUGACCACCCAGGCCUCGUGCUUCCAUCCAGACAUCAUCACCUUCCGUUGGUUCUGCCAGGGGGGCGAACUGAGCCCCGUGGCUUCCCAGGCCCUGUCUGCCCCACGGCCCGACACCCAGGGCUUCUUCUCGGCCAUGAGCCAGUGCAAGCUGCCCCGCGCCGAGCUGGAGCACGGCGGCACCAAGGUGUGGGUGAGCGUCCAUCACAUCGCCCUCAAGCACCCCGUCACCCGCGAGACCCGAGAAGUUUCAUAA